CUUCCUUUCCCCUCGGUCCUCGCUGACAGGAGUAGCCGAGUAGGCGGCUAUGGCGACGACGGCCGCGGGGUACGGCUGCUGCUCGGCGGGGCUGCGGCCCUUCGCGUUGUGGUCGGGGAUCCUCUCGACCCGCCUGGAACCUCCUCCUCCUCGGGUGUCCCUUGCCGCCUCCUCCUCGAAGCUCAGGGCGUCGGCACCGCGGUUGAGAGUUUCGUACCGUCCAAGGAGGUUCGUUGUCUCUGCUUCCUCCUCCGGCGAGGCCAAUUCGGACGCGGUGCCGUCGCCAACGGAAGCCACUAUUGAUAUAAAGCUUCCUAGAAGAAGCUUGCUUGUUCAAUUUACAUGCAAUGCAUGUGGUGAAAGGACCAAGCGCUUGAUAAACAGAGUAGCCUAUGAAAGAGGGACAGUUUUUCUUCAGUGUGCAGGGUGCCAGGUGUACCACAAGUUUGUUGAUAAUCUUGGUCUAGUUGUUGAGUAUGAUCUACGAGAAGAAAAUGAGCUACAAGGAGAAAAUGUGGUGAGCACCAAUUCUGAAGAUUGAUCUGUUGUGGGAAGCAGUGUCGGUAUGCAAAACGCCCUGUAGUCUGUAGGUUUUGACAACAUUGAUUGUUUAUUAUGUGUAGAAUGGCACGUUAAAGCUGCUGCAUAUACUCAUCUGAAUGCAACAGGGCCUAUAUGUACUUUACAUACAGUGUGAUACAUAUGAUUUUAUAUGAAGGAGACAAAGGAUCAUAAUACCAGAGUACUCUGCAGCUCGAAAAAAAAGACCUCUUAUUAAUACCAAAACGAUACAUUUUCAGCA